GUGAGAAGUUGACGAAUUUGUGGUUCUCAGAAGAGUAACUUUCCCGCAAGCAACACCCAGACCCUUCCCUCUUCUCCUUCUCCUUCUCCUUCCUCCUAGAAACCAAAAAUUACAAUCGCCAAUACAAAUUCCAUGGCUUUAUCUUUAACUCCAUGUCUCCCUCGCACUACUCAUCUGUCUAGGUCCCUUUCCACUGCAAAACUAACUAAACCAAACAUAAUUCCAUCAUUUCUCGGUUUCAAAGCAGUGAGCUUCAGAAACAACCAGAUAAGAUGCCAUGCAGUGACUGAUUUGAAGAGUGCAUCUUCUCUCGAUCAGAGCAAAGGAGAAGGUGAUGAUCACAAGGCUGUUAUAGGUCCAUCAAGCGAGGAGGAUAGGAUCGUGGCAGAUUAUAAUUGGACAGAGGAGUGGUACCCACUUUACCUCACCAAGGAUGUACCCGACGAUGCUCCUCUUGGUCUCACCGUGUUCGAUCAGCAGCUCGUCUUGUAUAAAGAUGGCAACGGUGUGCUUCACUGUUAUCAAGAUCGAUGCCCUCACAGGUUAGCCAAACUAUCUGAAGGUCAAAUAGUGGAUGGUAGACUUGAAUGUCUGUACCAUGGUUGGCAAUUUGAAGGCAGUGGAAAAUGUGUUAAGAUACCUCAGCUUCCAGCUGAUGCCAAAAUCCCUCGGUCUGCUUGCCUUAAAACAUACGAGGUGAAAGAAUCCCAAGGAGUUGUAUGGGUAUGGAUGUCACAGACGACUCCACCAAACCCUGAAAAGCUACCAUGGUUUGAGAAUUUCGCCCGACCGGGGUUUCAAGAUACUUCAACUAUCCAUGAGCUUCCAUAUGAUCACUCCAUUCUCCUUGAGAACCUCAUGGAUCCUGCACAUAUCCCAAUCUCUCACGAUAGAACUGAUUGGACUGCUAAAAGGGAAGAUGCCCAGCCAUUGCUUUUUGAGGUAACGGAACGUACGGAUAGGGGCUUUGCUGGUUGGUGGGGUAAAGAAAAAGAUGGGUCAAUGCCCAACUUCUUACGGUUUGAUGCACCGUGUGUUCUUCAGAAUAACAGAGAACUUGUCGAUAAAGAUGGAGAAAAACACUACUUUUCGGGUCUAUUCCUUUGUAGGCCAUCCGGACAAGGGAAGUCUAUGCUUAUUGUCAGGUUUGGAGGAACAAAAAGAUCUCCAUUGGCAAAUAUUUUCCCCAAAUGGUAUUUCCAUCAGAACGCAAGCAAGGUCUUUGAGCAAGAUAUGGGAUUUCUGUCAUCCCAGAAUGAGGUACUCAUGAAAGAAAAGGUUCCUACAAAAGAGUUGUACCUUAAUUUGAAGUCCUCGGAUACUUGGGUCGCUGAAUACAGGAAGUGGAUGGAUAAAGUUGGGCAUGGAAUGCCUUAUCAUUUCGGCCACAGUACCAUAUCUCCACCUAAACUACCUGCUGUGGUAGAACAUGCACCGGCAGGCCUUGUUGCGGGAGCUUCGGCAUCUGCCCCGACUAAAGGUGGGAUCGGAACAAUGCAUGCUCCGAAUUUGGCUAACCGAUAUUUUCGCCAUGUAAUCCAUUGCAAGGGUUGCACUAGUGUAGUGAAAGCUUUUACUGCAUGGAAAAAUGGGCUUAGUGCAGCAGCUCUAGUGCUCACUGCUUUGGCAAUUCUAGCAUCCAGCAAACAGUGGAAGACCUUUCUCCUCGUGUCUGCAACAUUGUGCUUGGGUGGAGUGUAUGCAUGCUCAACUGCCGUGGCAAUGAACACAACAAACUUCAUAAGAGUACAUAGGAGAUUGUGAUUUCGAAACCAGCAUAUACCGUGGAGUGUAUGACGUAGGUGUUGAUUUUUCUUGUAUUGCUUCCAAAUCCUAUGGUUUCUUAUUUUC